CAGACAGCUUCGAAUGAGAUACACAACUUGGUCGUCCCUGUAAACUCGUCCUUUAAACGUGUUCUGCUGCGUAGUAGGUUCGACUCGCCUUUUCCUGAUUGUUUUAAAUUAUUUACACUUUGCUACUGUUGCAAGAACAGCAUCAACUAAGCCGCGAUUUUGGGAAGUUGACGAGAUAAACGUGUCCUCAAGUGCACUUGCGGAGCGCGCAAAAUGGACAGCGAACACUGCAUUAGGACGGGAAUACUUACAGUGAGUGACAGAUGCUCCAGAGGUGAAGCCGAGGAUACUAGCGGAAGGAACCUGGAGGCAAUGGUCAAUGCAAAAACACUGAUAAAUGGAAAGGUUGUAGCUCGACAGUGUGUUCCAGAUGACAUUGAAGACAUCAAGAAGACACUGUUACAAUGGAGCGAUGUUGAGAAGAUUAACCUCAUCCUAACGACUGGUGGCACUGGUUUCUCUGCACGAGACGUUACACCCGAGGCUACAAGAGAAGUCAUAACGAAAGAAGCACCAGGCAUCGCGAUUGCUAUCAUCCAGAAGUCUCUGAACAUCACUCCAAUGGCAAUGCUUUCAAGGCUUGUAUGCGGCAUUCGAAACCAGUCUCUCAUAAUAAAUCUCCCAGGAAGCCGCAAAGGUGCACAGGAGUGCUUCGAAUUUGCUAGUCCUGCCAUCCCACACGCUGUUGAUCAACUUCAGGAGCGCAAAAUGAAGACAGACAAGCUUCACAGUUUGCUUUUUGUGCAUGGAUCUCCAUCUCCAGCCAUUGCUAGUCAUGGCUGCCACUGCACCACAGAGAGAUCCCAAAGCAGCACUGUUGCUUCUCGGCCAAGGCAGUCUCCCUAUCCACUGAUCUCUGUUGCCGAUGCUCAAGCCAUAAUACUGGAGCGAUGUUCUGCAAUUCGGUCAAAAGUGAUGUUCAUCACUUUAAAUUAUUUUACAGUGGCCCUGGGAAAAAUAUUAGCAGAGGAUGUGUAUGCCACAGACCCCUUGCCACCCUUUCCAGCAUCUAUCAAGGACGGAUAUGCUGUUAUCGCUUCAGAUGGUGACGGACCACGAGAGGUGGUAGAUGCUAUCCCAGCAGGCUCCAACCCUCUGCUCCGCGUCAAGCCCGGACAGUGUGCGAGAAUCAGCACAGGCGCCCCUGUACCAGAACCCUGCGAUGCAGUGGUACAAGUGGAAGACACUGAGCUCAUUCAAGCAUCAGAAGAUGGCUCUCACGAAUUGACAGUGAACAUAUUAGCUGCCCCUACAGCCGGACAGGACAUUCGCCCAGUGGGAUCGGACAUUCAAAGAGGACAGCGCAUCUUGACUCAAAGAAUGAAGCUAAGCGCUUCAGACUUGGGUUUGCUUGCCAGCAUUGGCGCAACCACAGUUAAAAUACACAAAGUGCCGCAAGUGGCCGUUCUCUCCACCGGAAAUGAGAUUGUGCGCCCCGAUGAUGAACUAAAACCAGGCCAAAUAAGGGACAGCAACAAGACAGCACUCAUCGCUUUGCUUCGGAAAAGUGGAUUUCCAGCCUUCGAUGCUGGAAUUGCACGUGACGAGUUUGAAGAUCUCGUGAAAAAACUCGAGAGGGCUUUCGAGGCAACAGAUGUGAUCGUGUCAUCGGGAGGUGUCUCUAUGGGAGAAAAGGACCUUCUCAAAGCAGUGCUGGUCAAGGAGUUCUCCGCCACGAUCCACUUUGGGCGAGUCCUCAUGAAGCCUGGGAAGCCGACAACGUUUGCGUCUCUCGUGUACGGCGACAGGCUCAAGGUAGUCUUUGGCCUUCCGGGCAAUCCAGUGUCGGCAGCUGUCACAUGCCAGCUCUUUGUCUUGCCCGGGCUCAGAAAAAUGUCCGGACAUACCACAGUUCAUCCGACAUCCAUCAGAGCAAAGCUUGCAGACGACACGACCCUGGACCCUAGACCAGAGUACCACAGGGCAGUGCUGUCCUGGUCUGAAGAUUGUACACUACCAGUUGCCAAGAGCACUGGAAAUCAAAUUAGCAGCCGGCUGCUCAGCUUACAGGGAGCCAAUGCCCUUCUAGUGCUGCCCCCAGCAACGGCCGAGACAAAAUCUCUUCCAGCAGGGACGGUUGUCACUGCACUUGUGACUGACACGAUUUAGAAAGUACUGGAGCUGCACUGUCACGUAUGUGAUUGCUACUACCACUGCUCACCAAAAACAUGCAUUUAAAUAUAAAUAUUCUUUUUUUACAUUGUUCACAUUGCAAUAAAGUUGAGUGCAAAGACAUUCUCCUA